GGGCUCAUGGCGCCGGGGCCGCUUCUGCUGCUGGCGCUCUGGGCGCUGGCGGCUCCGGCUCGGCCCGGGCCGGCGGGCGACGGGGGAUGGCGGCUUGGCGGGCCGGCAGUGGCGGAAGAGGAGCGCUGCACCGUGGAGCGUCGGGCCGACCUCACCUACACGGAGUUCGUGCAGCACUACGCCUUCCUCAGGCCCGUCAUCCUCCAGGGGCUCACAGACAACUCGAAGUUCAGGGCCCUGUGCUCCCGCGAAAGGCUGUUGGCCUCCUUUGGGGAGAGAGUGGUUCGGCUGAGCACUGCCAACACCUACUCCUACCGGAAAGUGGAUCUGCCCUUCCAGGAGUACGUGGAGCAGCUGCUGCACCCUCAGGACCCCACCUCCCUGGGCAACGACACCCUGUAUUUUUUCGGGGACAACAACUUCACUGAAUGGGCAUCACUCUUUCGGCACUAUUCCCCACCCCCGUUUGGUCUGCUGGAUACCACUCCUGCUUACAGCUUUGGAAUCGCAGGAGCUGGCUCUGGGGUACCCUUCCACUGGCAUGGACCUGGGUAUUCAGAGGUGAUCUACGGCCGCAAGGUCAGCACAGGGUUGGGGAUUGAGGCUUGGGACUCACUGACCACAACACACAAGAGUGACUGCCAUUCCUGCCCCCAGCGCUGGUUCCUCUACCCACCUGAGAAGACACCUGAGUUCCACCCCAACAAGACCACGCUGGCCUGGCUCCGGGACACAUACUCAGCUCUGGCGCCGCAUGCACGGCCCCUGGAGUGUACUGUCCGAGCUGGAGAGGUGCUGUACUUUCCUGACCGCUGGUGGCAUGCCACACUCAACCUAGACACCAGCGUCUUCAUCUCUACCUUCCUUGGCUAGUCAGACCCAGCAGCAG